UUUCAUACCAGCCUCACAUUUACAAGGUGCACUGAAAGGAAUGUUGCCCUCGUCCCGUGUUAACUCCACUAAAGAGGUCCAUGAGGCGUACGCAAGGCGCUUAACAGAGUCCACUAACGCCAUGAUAUCUAACUACACUGCUAUUGUUAAAUCUCUCAAGGUUGAGGACGAUUCCAGACUUUCAAGCACCAAUCAGGCUUUCCAGGACAAUUACGAGGCGAACGUUCGUUGUACGAAUAUUAUCAAAGCUGGGCAAUCUCUGCUAACUCUUAUAUCAGAUCUCAAAGAAUGUUUGAUUUUCAAAGAUUUUCCAGCCAUUAAUCAAAGUCUUGCCAGUCAAAAGGAACUAUUGGAGCAGAAUAAGCAGCUAAUGAACGGAGAGUGUGAUAAGAUAAAGGAAGAAGUACAAAUACUACUAUAUGAGCUGGAGACUGAGUGUUACUCUUGAAAACUCUCGCCUUAAUACCAGGCGAUAAAGAUGAGCGAAGUAGCUUGGACACGAUGUUUUCAACACGGCACCACCACAUGCACUAUAGACCUGACAGCGUACUACACUAACGGAGCUGCUAGUGGCGCGUGGCGCGACAAUAUAGUGAAGCGUGUAGAGGAGGGGAUGGUGAGACUGGAGACUGGACUGAAGAAUGGCGGGUUUAAGAAAGGUGACUACAGUAUCUACAGUGGCACAAGUGGACUUGCUCUGCUGUAUCUGCGUUUAUCUGAGACUCUCUACACAAAUAACCCUACAAAGCGCAGACAGGCGCUUGAUCGCGCUCUGGAGCUCAUUACUCAGCCACUUAACAAGCUGAACGGCCGCAGACUAACCUUCCUGUGCGGGGACGGGGGCGUGUUAGCGCUGGGUGCUGUGCUUUACACACUGUGCGAUAACAGCGCUGUAGCGCGGCACUGUACCCAGGGGUUACAGACUCUCAGUGAGUUAGCUCUGACUGACAGGCUCAUGUCCCAGGAGCUGAUGUAUGGGUGUGCGGGCUACUUGUUUGCUUUACUCUUCACUAAAAAGUACCUGCCAGAGAGUAUAGACUCUAAGCUGAUAGCCAGAGUUGCAGCACAUAUAGUGGCAGUAGGCAAGGAGGAAGCUAAGUGCUGUUCGGGCGCUACAUUACUCUACACUUGGCACGACAAACACUACCUUGGUGCAGCACACGGGCUAGCUGGCAUUCUUUACACUCUCCUACAAUCCAACACUGUCUCCCCUCAAGAGCUGACCACCACUAUAGCCAGCUCAGUAAACUACCUGCUCUCUCAGCGUUACCCUUCUAACAACUUGAGAUCUUCUCUUUCUUCUCAGCUAGAUCAGCUGGUUCAGUGGUGUCACGGCUCGCCCGGCUUUGUUCCACUUCUCACUGAAACUCAUGACCAAAUACCAGGAGGAACAUACCUACAGGAGGCUAUAAGAUGUGCUACUCCAAUCUGGCAGAGAGGUCUACUCAGAAAGGGACACGGUUUGUGUCACGGUACACUUGGUAAUGCUUAUACUUUUCUGGACAUGUACCAACGGACGGACGACCCAACUUGGUUAAGCAAAGCUGUACAUUUUACCGAGUGGUCCAUGAGUCAGAGAGAUGUAGCUAAGAACUACGAAAAAGAUAUGAAGCUGUUUGAUGGACUUGCUGGAGUGAUUUAUUUAUAUUGUGACAUGCUGGAGCCCAAAUCUGCCGCUUUUCCCGGGUUUCAAGUUCCGAAGUGAAAACAUAGUCAGCAAAUGUUAAGAGGUUUAAAUGCUCUUGUUGUAUGUCAAAUACGUUAAUGGACUCGAACUCUUCUUAAUUUUAUAACUCGCCGCCAAUAAUUAGGUUAAAAGGUUUGAGUUAGAGUUUCAGGGCUUUAUUAUUUAUAGGACCGAAAGUUGGGGAUGAGAAAGAGAUAGAUAACUUAGUGAGGUUAUUGUUAAGUUUUAAAACAAUCAGACGACGCCAGAUGUUGAGUGGAAUUUUGUGCAAAAACAAUGUUGAUUAAGUAAUAGAUUUGGUGUCUGAACCUUUUUGGCUAUAUCUUAGAAAACCACAUGCUAGUAUUUUGGUCAGAAGACCUGAUAUCAUUCUCGGCAAUUUAUCUUCACAGAGACAAACAGACAAGAAGAUUGCGAAUCUUUUAUUAACAUAGGCAGCUCUAUUUGAUAUUUUGUCGAAACUCAGUUUAUUUGUCGACGAGGAGUUGUUGUCGGUCAUUUUUGGGAAUUGAUGUUAAUUUUAGUACUCAAAAACAAAAAUUGCCACAAAAAAGGGUCUUCUGAUAGAAAA